CAAAAAGGGGAGCGAGAACCAACCAGAUAUCUCGUCGGGGUAAAACGUAAAACGUGUUUCGUCCAGUCGUUUUCGAACCAGGAACAGUAGUUUAACGGUUUAACGGUGGUUGAACGCAGUUAAACGGUGAAAUCGAUCGCGAAGGGACGAUACGAAUUUCGCGCAUCCCGCUAAAAUUGUAUCAUUUGGAAGCAACGUCCUUGGUUUCCGUGUACGAUGGAGAGUGGGAGGUUGGAUUUAGAUAGCAUCGAGGCGAACGGCAACGUGAAGGAAACGGCAGUUGCCACGUACAAGCCGCUGCCGGACGCCGAUACCAUCAAGUCGGAUAAAACUGAGAAGGCCGCUAUGGGGAAACCAAACAACGAGAAUGAAAUUGACGAUGGGGUCCACGAGAAGAUGCUCAACGAUGAGAAUAAGGUGUCUCCCACGAAAGAUGCCACCGAGGUGAUAUUCAUUUCCGAGAAUGGAGAUACCAAGAUCGAUAUUGAAAAGGUCAAGCAAGCUCUUUCUGGGAUGGGAAAGGAAGAGCUGAUGAAAUUUGCCAACGAUCCCUUCUGGAUUCGACUGAGAUGGUUUUUGUUUAUCGCUUUUUGGCUUCUCUGGGCUGCUAUGCUUGGUGGUGCUAUAGCUAUCGUGGUAAUGGCACCAAAGUGUGCUGCUCCUAAGCCGAAGGAAUGGUGGGAAAAGAGUCCGAUUAUACAAUUGGACCCUCUUGAAACUAGCACUCACGACUUGAAAGGUGUCGAAUCUCUGUUAGAUACUUUGAAAGAACAAGGAGUGGAUGCUAUUUCUCUCGCAUCCAUAGUCGAAAGGAAUCCAAUAGGGGGCACAGAAGAUUUUAAGAAUAUUGAACCGACAUUUGGAACUAGGACCGAUUUCGAAGCUCUUGUGAAAGCUGCUAAAGAGAGAGAGCAGUACAUCAUUUUAGAAUUAGACCCCAGUCACACAUCGACUCAACACCCAUGGUUUAAACGUUCUAUACAAAAAGAGGAUCCAUUUACAUCUUAUUACGUUUGGGCUGAUGGGCAAGCAACAUCCGAUGGUCGACCCAGUCCGCCUAACAAUUGGCUGAGCGUGAAUGGAGGGUCAGCGUGGGAAUGGAAUGAACAAAGAGGACAAUACUAUCUUCAUCAGUUUAACAAGACUCAAGCUGACUUAAAUUACAAUAAUCCAGCAGUGGUUGCAGAAUUCUCUGACAUUCUAAGUCAUUGGUUGAAAUUAGGCGUCAGUGGAUUCCGUUUGGCCAAUACUCGAUACUUGACUGAAGAUCCAGAACUUCAUAACGAAUUCAGAAGUACAAUUCCUAGCGAGGCAGAUAAUUACGAUUCACUAGUACAUGCCCACACGAGGGAUCGCCAGGAAAACGCUGCCAUCUUGACGAUAUGGCAGGAAAGAGUCCGUAAUGAAACGGAGAAUAAUGGGUUCUUUAGUCUUCAGGAUGAUAUUGGAACCGACAUUUUACAAGUCUACAAUGAAAAGAAAAGACUGAUCGACCUCCCGCAAAACUCGCAGUUCCUUACAACUGCGAACAGCAGCAUAAACGCCACAGUUCUGCAACGUGGUAUUACCCACUGGCUCAACUUCACUUCAUGGCCUGCUUGGAACGUGAACGGAGACAAGCGUGAUUUGAGAGCGAGAAUGCCCGCAGACAUAGCGGACAGUUUAACACUAAUGACUCUACUUUUACCAGGAACUCCAGUGCUCAAAUUAAAUGAUACCUUAUCUGCAAAGCAGGCAUUUGCAACUUUAUCUAAAGCACGACAAAGUUCGACAUUCCUUUACGGAGAGACGAUGGUCAAGACUGUUAAUGGAAGCGUACUCGUAUACACAAGGAGCUGGUUGAAGAGCGGCAAUCCCGGCUACUUAGUAGCGUACCAGUCGGCAGAGGAGCCUACUGUGGUAGAUUUCUCUACGAUACCACAGAUCUCGGAAGAAGUCAGCGUGGUCGCGUACAGUCCUAAUUAUGUACAGGACGGCGACGUAAUCAGAUCGAAGUUGCCCUCGAACAGAGUUCCCAUAUCGUCGAAGAGUACACUUGUCCUCACGUUUGUUCCAAAAUAAAUGUAAUUAAUUUCUUGCUUAUAAUCUGUUGAGCAGUGGCAUUUAUUUCUAACAUAAUACUUGUGUACUGCCUUUAUUGAAUGUAUAAUUAAAUGUGUGUCCAGCAAGAAA